UUUUUUAGAUGGCCGAACAAAAAACAUUACCUGAAAUUCUGCGCUGGUGUUUUCGUCUUUAAAACAUAUUUUAAUUUUUGAUUUUUAUACCCCUGUGACGGUAAACAGAAACUAAACUUCAAAAUAUUCACGUUUUAUGAUAGUUAUUUUUUAUUCUUCAAAAGUUUUAUUUUCUUUGGUUUGUGAUUGGUCGUACAGCAGCGGAUAUCGUUGUUUACUGUAGCUGGAAUGCUAGCUAACUACUUACGCUAUGUGUAGUUCUUCUGGAAAGACGGUCAAUUUUUGUAUUAUUCUAUUUGAAAAGUACAGUUAGGUGCGUUUUGGAAUAAGACAUCGUCGCUGUCUUGCCAUAGUAUCGUUUGAGGCCAAGAUGAUCGAGGUGGUGGCCUCCAUGGCCCGAGGCCCCGUGUUUCUCGCCGGGGAGCUCAUGGAGUGUCUCAUAACUUUCACCAAUCCAAUGUCUCACCUCUCUACCUCUGCCAGCAGUGAGAUGCUGGCAUGGGCUAGUGCCCAGAUCCACUGUCAGUUUCAUGCCAGUGAGAGCAGAGUGGCCCUGCCUGCACAGGGCAACAAACAGGAUGUCCAGGCUGAGAGUGACACAGUACUCAUUCCAAGCAGAGGAGAGCGAGGGCAAUGUGUGCUGGAUACUCCACCUAAGAUACUAUUCUGUGACCUGCGCCUGGACCCUGGGGAGAGCAAAACCUAUUCAUACAGUGAGAUCGUACCUAUAGAUGGUCCUCCAAGUUUCCGUGGUCAGGCAGUGAAGUAUGUCUAUAAACUGACCAUCGGCUGCCAGAGAGUCAACUCUCCCAUCAAACUGCUCAGAGUUCCCUUCAGAGUGCUGGUAUUGCAAGGCAUGCCAGAGCCUCCAUUUCCCCAGGAUGAGGAGGUCUCUCCCUCCAACCCGUUCCUGGAGGAAGAGGAGGCGAGCCGCAGGGAUGCUCGGCCUUUGGAGAGGGCACUGGACUUGCUGAUGGUUACCACCUCAAGACGCUGCUCCCAUAUGUUUAAUAUCACCAAUAUGCGUGGAAAAGUCGCAAAGUUCUGCAUCUUUAAGAGUGUGUACAGACUUGGGGAGGACAUCAUCGGCACGUUCAACUUCUCAGAGGGCGACAUUCCCUGCUUGCAGUAUUCAGUGAGCCUUCAGAGUGAGGAGGAGAUCCAGCAGCAGUACCAGCGGCGUCCCGGGCAGGCUGUCAGUGUGACUGGGCACGGACGACACCUGGAGUCCUGCCUCCACACAGCUUCCAGCCACUUCUCCCUCCCCAUCCCCCUCAAUGUCACUCCGGGUUUCAGCACAGACAUAGUGACCCUGAGGUGGCGCCUGCACUUUGAAUUUGUCACAGCCCAGGAGCCGAUGGAACCACCCACAGUUCUGCAGAACCAGUCCGAGGUCACAGUUUGGACGGGGACAGAGCAUGUCGAAGUGGAUACCUUCAGCUGGGAUCUGCCAAUCAAAGUCCUGCCCACCAAUCCGGCCUUGGCCUCCUACAUGUCCCACUUUACAGGAACCAACAGCAUUAAUAUUUGACUGCUGCACGUGUGAGACUGUGAACGUAUUUCUGAUGGUAUGUGUGGAUGUUUGAAUGUGUAUGUGAGUGCGUUUUUUUUUCUUUUCCAGAUGAGAAAUAUCAGCACGGAGGUGCACAUUUCAGGAACAAAGGAACAUUUUUUGUUGUUGUUGUUUCUAUUGUCUAUGCAGAGCUAGUGAUGGGUUCCAUAUGUAAAGUAUCCAAAUGUCUUUUUCAGAGUUCCUUCUUGGACCUUAUUGACUUUAUGGAGUGAAAUUCUCUGUGGUUGCUGUGCUUUUUUUGUAUUUAUUUCUUCUCUUUUAUUCAUGCACACACUUUUUCUUUUUCAUUUUAUGAAACAGCUGUUUCUUACCCAAACUAUUUUUACUUUUUAACGUUUUUUUUCUUUCAGCUUGAGCAAAUACUGUAUUGAAAUGUAAAUACUACAAGAGAAAAAUGGAUUAAAAGUGUGAUUUUAAAUUUGACA